AGCGGGGCUGGGGCAGGCUCCGCCGGGCAGCGCGCUGGUUGGGCCCGCAGCAGCAGCGGGAGGAGCCAGGGCCCGGGCCCGCCGCCCGAGCGCAGGCUCACUACCGUCGUCCGGGGACGGUCUGUGUGGCAGAGCCGGCCUUUUCGUCACAUCUCCGGGUAGGCCAAUGGCCGCCGCCGCGGCGCGGGUGCUGAUCGUGGGCGCCGGGCUGACCGGCAGCCUGUGCGCUGCGCUGCUGCGGAGAGAGCUGCCCCGGCGGCCGCUGCGCAUCGUGCUGUGGGACAAAGCCCGGGACGCAGGAGGAAGAAUGACUACAAGCAGGAGCCCGCACAACCCUCGCUGUACAGCGGAUCUGGGAGCACAGUACAUAACGCUUAGACCCGCCUAUACCCAAAAGCAUCAAAGCUUCUACGAGGACCUUUUGGCCCAUGGUGUGUUGAAGCCAUUGACUGCCCCUGUGGAAGGCAUGGUGAUGGAAGAAGGAUCUCACAAUUUUGUGACUCCUCAGGGAAUCUCUUCAAUUGUCAAGCAUUAUUUAACAGAGUCAGCAGGUGCAGAUGUCUUCUAUGAACACCAUGUAACACAGAUCUACCUCAGAGGGGGAAAAUGGGAGGUCUGCAAGAAAACAGGAUCCCCAGAACAGUUUGACAUAGUUGUUCUCACAAUACCUGUUCCACAGAUUCUUCAACUUCAAGGUGACAUUGUGAACACUAUUUAUAGAGUAAUUAAGGAAAGUCAAAAGCAGCAACUGGAAUCUGUGAGCUACUCCUCUCGCUAUGCUCUGGGACUCUUUUAUGAAGCUGGCACACGGAUUGAUGUCCCCUGGGCUGCACAGUACAUCACCAAUAAUCCCUGCAUACGCUUCAUCUCCAUCGAUAAUAAGAAGCGCAAUAUAGGUAUAGUUUUCAGCUUCUCUGAUCUCAAGAUUGAGGCAUCCCAGAAUCAGAGUUCGUCUGCAUGGCUUCACUGCAGCCUGCCUGCCAGAUGGCCUCUGAGCUGGGGACCCAAUGGCUUCCAGGGUCUAUGUCUCUGAGGCAGCCCACCAAGCAGACAACCUCUGAGGCAAGGACCCCAGGGCCCGCAGCUUGGGGGCAGCACUGCCUCUGUGGAUUCGAACCAAACCCAGAAACACACAAAAGGGGGUGCGGAGCAGACUGGGGCAGGGGCAGUGCAUUCAAGAGUUUUGUUUUGUUUUACAUAGAUCUGUAAUGCUCUUGUGCUUUUCAAGAGUAAAGUGUAUGCGUGUAUGUGUAAGUAAUUCAUUUGCUAAGCCUAUGUUUGCUUGCUUUACUGCCACAUGGACCCUAGGGGAACCAGAAUUCUCCAGCCCUGUGGACUCUGAAGGGAAUGUGUCCAAGCAACUGGAGGCCUCAGGAGGUCUGUGACACUGGUUCUGUGGACUACGCAGAUUGUAGCCAAGAGUGAUGUCAGACAUGCACCUGUGAGACCCAGAUCUAGCAACAAUCUAUCUCUACCCAGGCCCAGGGAGCUUAGCAGCAUGUAGGAUUCAGCUGUUGGAUCCCAUCACAACAGGCUGGUGUCUGUCAAGGGAGCAGGACUGCAGCAGGUUGUUACAGUCCCCACCAUCAACCUCUAUUGCAGACACCUGCAGCCUCCCUCCUGUUAUUUCUUAGACUGAAAUAGAAUAAGACCCAGCAUCAGGGGAAAGCUGAUCUCAAUGAGUAGACUUGCAAGGGAGAGGGGUGUUACUGGGCAAGGGAGUUGGACUCAGUCAAGAUUCACUGCAUGUAGGAUUCCUGACCCCUUCUAGUGGGCUCAUGUCCUCCUUCCUCCCCACAACAGCAAUCCCUAAUGGGCCUGAUCAAAUCCCUGGAAAUUAGCCGGUCCCAAAUUACAUACACCAGGGAAUGUGAUAGGUUCCCCAAAAGCUUCACAUUCUCCUGUAGAACAAAACAUCCAACUUCUUAUUUACUCGCAUCCAUAUUUCAUUUUCAUUUUCUGAUACGCACUUGUGCAUAAUUCAGAAUGAGCAGCAAAUAACUUGACACCUCUGCAGAGAUGAAAACCCAGGCUCAAAUUGUAUAUCUAUCAAACUAAGUCAUGGUAUUAAACCCUAAUAAAGAAGAACAUUCUGCACUAACUAGUGAAGUUGUUAGUAUUGCUAUCCUGAUUUAGUACAUGGUCUGCUUAACUUAAAGACCUCUGUUUCACUUCCCUCUGUAGUAAAUGGAUGGCUACAUCAUAAAUGGUACCUUACCUAGAUAUAUCUGUUCAAUAUAGGCACAAAAUCUUCGGGGGGGGGGGGUCACAAAAAACCUUGGGGGAACAAGAGUGUGCAUCCAAUAACUUGAGGGAACAACUGAAGCCACUUUGAAAAUGUAGCCUUAAGUGUCUACACUGUGUCCAAGUCUCUCCUAAAGAUAUAUUGAGUAACUUUUAGUAGUAAGGGUGGUGGCUGGUACCUGUAAGGUAUUCUAUUUAAUUUCAUUUUAGGCAGACUGACAUCCAUGACAUCUACUAUCAAUUUCCACAACUAAGCUUUUAAAUUUAGGAGCAGUGUAACCAAUCCUUAGUUCAGUUGAUUCAGUGAAAGUUUUGGGGUUAUUUUUUUCUUCUAUGUCAC